AUGAAGGAUUUCAGACAGCAAAUCCAGUUUCUGAAAGAGCAGCUGAAGAGAAAGGAGUGCGAGUGGUGGCAGGCUCACAGCGAGCUGCAGAGUCGCGUCGAUGCCCUGACCAGGGAGAACAAGGCGUUGAUGAGUCAGUGUGACGUUCAGGUUAGACCUCAGAGCUCCGGCAGAGCCACACCUCAUCCUGAUGCUCGAAACCUGACAAGAACACGCUCUGUUACCAGUUCCCAGGAAAAGAACAAACAGAAAAUUUCAUCCACAAGACGAGGCUCGUCUAAUUCAAGGACUUCCACAGCGUCUCAGAGCCCGGAUGACAGUGACACAAUCCCAUACAGUGAGUACGGCGAAAAGGGCUCAUGCAGGUCCGCGGAGAAACAGAAUGGGGUCGAGAGAAGGAAUUCAGUGCCAAAAGGACUGCAGAAUACAUUGAAACCUGGGAAAUCUGUAUCAUCCGAGUCUGAUUAUGGAUCGACAGACAUGACCGAGGAUUCGCUCAAUUCUGAGAUGAAGAAUUCCAGCACUCAAGGAGCCGGUAAAGUUGUAGUUAGAGAGGAAACUCGAUAUCCAGACGGUAAGGUAGAACAGCUCCUGUCAGAUGGGUCACGUGUUAUUGUUUUCCGCAACGGAACUAGAAAGGAGAUCGGCGCGGAUCAGAAAUCAACCACGGUCACGUUUUGCAAUGGAGAUGUCAAGCGCGUUCUACCUGAUGGGACCAUGGUGUACUAUUAUUGUGAUACCCAGACGACUCACUCCACUUACCCGUCUGGCUUGGAGGUUCUGCAGUUCCCAAAUAAGCAAAGAGAGAAGCGCCAUCCUGAUGGUACGCGAGAAAUCCUUUUCCCCGAUGGUACUGUCAAGACCUUGUACCCUGACGGCCGACAGCAAAGCUUCUUCCCUGAUGGAACUGUUGUCAAGUUAUCAAAAAAUGGAGAGAAAACAGUAGAGUUCACAAACGGCCAACGUGAGAUCCACACGUCGCAGUACAAGCAGAGGAUUUACCCUGAUGGAACUGUUAAAACUGUCUAUUUAAAUGGAAGGCAAGAGACUAAAUACUCAUCUGGCAGGAUUCGCAUUAAGAACAAUGAAGACGUUAUUAUGAUGGACAGAAAGUGAAAGAUGUGUCGAUGGGAAACCCAUUGCUGUGUUUUAUACAGGAAGGUUGAUAUGUACAGUCGUCUUCAUAAAUAUUGGCACCCUUCAAGAGAAUGGGCAAAAUAUAUUAUUUAAAACAACAACAACAACAAUUACAAGUACUAUCAUUUCAUCAUAAUGUCUUCUCUUGAAAACAUCUGUGGCAGAAAAAUUCACACCGCUAAAGGAUUAAAUGCAAACACAUUGUCAUCCUUUGAAGUCGAAUUUCAAAAUGCACUCUGGAAAUACACGCUCGUUUACACCGAGGGGCAAUUAAAGUAGGUGAUCCGUUUACUGGUUUGUUUUUAGGAGGAAACCGGAGAACCCGGAGGAAACCCACACAGACAAGAGCUGUGAGGCGUCCAGACUACCUUCUUCAUGACAAUAAAAAUAACAAUAGAGUAAAACUACACGGCAUCCCUGAAUGUUUGAGCUCAGAAUAUCACUCCUUGCAUGAUAUACACAUUAUUUAUUCAUUUUUGCUUAUUUUAAUGCAGGGUGACAAUAAUUCUGGUCAAAGACGAGGAAAUAUGCCAGAAAGAUUUGUUUAAUUGACAUUUUUUAAAUACAUUUAUUUUAUUUAUUUAACAUUUAAUGUUAGAAUUGAACCAUUCUUCUGAAUGACAGUUUUUAUUCUCCAUAAAUUAUUAUUAUUAUUUUUUUUUGUCCCUGUGAAUGCCUUCAUAAGUCCAUGAGGCAAUAAUAUAAGAAUGGAAUGAUAUCAGGUCAUAUUUAUGCUCAUUAUUAACAACCUGUGGUCAUAAAAAAGAUACAUCUCAUCUCAUAUGCAUCAAAUUAUUAUUAGAGAACAAUAAGUGCUCAGAUGUUGUUUUUGGGUGGAUCACGAACCUCGAACACAGCGAUCUGUCCUGUGUUUUAACUCUGUGUAAAUAAAUUUCACAUCAUAGUCAUGAUGAGACUCAUGUUGCACCACGCGGCUUAUUAUUCAUGAGAGUGUGACCCGGACGUCUGACUGAUUCAGUAUUCAGCCAAGGACUUGUGACCUUCUUGGCCUUACAGUAUUUUCAGCACAGAGAUAUGAGGUAUGAGAUGUAAAUCAUAAUCUUGAGUAAAAUAUUUUCUUCUAAAGGUUGGACAUAGUCAUAACAAAGAGGCGAAUUCAUUUUUGAUAGCAGCACCACCGUCUUAGUUCCUCCACGUCUCUCAGUGGACAUGAGAGGACGUUGAGAGAGACUUAUGAGCUGUUUCAUGAGCGCAUGCACCUCGUGCACUAUUGUCCUUACAUCGAGUGUGUCCUACAAGGCUUUCUGUAUGACCUUGAAAUGAAAUGUCAGUAUGAAAUCCCGAACGCGAUGAGCUGGUAGAGACCUGUCAUGCGUUCUCGGUCUCAUGAGAACAUUGGGGGCUUUUGUGAGUAUUUAUGGAUGUGAAUAGUAGGUCAUGUAGGUAG